CGCUCCACUUGUCCGCGAGGGAGCUGAUCAUCAGCAGCGCCAUCCCCUCUCGUGCACCUGCACGCGCGCGCAGCCUCCUGCCUUCAUCUGGUCCGGGUCUGCUUCGGCGACCGUAAAUAAACCGGGCAGGGGAAAAAAAAAAAAAAGGUUCGCACAACUAACUGCGAAAGGCUGAGGAGGAGGCGGGACUUCCGCCCCGGGAGCAGCGCAGAACUAAACCGGUCCGGCUGUUUAUCUCUUUGUGCAGCCGGAGAGGACCGAGGAAAGGCUGGAUUCUGAUAAGGUUGUGUCAUUACAAGCCACACUAUGCUGAGCUACUUGACAUCAGGAGGCUGCAGACUUCCUUUCUACCUCUUCGCCGUGGUUCUCCCCUUGGUUUCUCCUCUAACCCUGAACCGCCAUCAACAUCAGGAGCACGGCGACAAGGAACGACCCAAACUACUCCUCGUGUCCUUCGAUGGCUUCCGCUGGGAUUACAUCUACCGCGUCCCGACUCCCAACUUCCGCAGCAUCAUGGACGAGGGUGUGAAGGUCGAGUUUGUGGAGAACAUUUACAUCACCAAAACCUACCCGAACCACUACAGCAUGGUGACGGGGUUGUACGCCGAGACGCACGGCGUCGUGGCCAACGAGAUGUACGACCCGGCUCUGAACCUGUCCUUCUCUAUGGAGACGGACAGCGUUUAUGACUCAAGGUGGUGGGAGCAGGCCGUGCCUCUCUGGGUGACAGUUCAGAAGGACGGAGGGCGGAGCGGAGCGGCCAUGUGGCCCGGAUCUGACGUACUGAUUCACGGCGUGUUCCCCACUCGGUACCUCCCAUACAACGCCUCGGUUUCCUUUGAAGCUAGGGUGCGGCGGAUUAUCGAGUGGUUCUCCGCGCCUGAGGGGGAAGCCGUGGAUUUUGGAAUUCUGUACUGGGAGGAGCCGGACGAGAGUGGCCACAACCUGGGACCUGAGAGCCCACUCAUGGACUCAAUCAUCGCCGGGAUCGAUGAGAAGCUCGGAUUCCUCCUGGAUGAGCUGAAGAAGGCCGGGCUGUAUGAGAAAGUGAACCUCGUUGUGACCAGUGACCACGGGAUGACCCAGCUUUCCCCCGAGAAGAUCAUAGAACUGGACCAGUAUGUGGACAGAGAUUUGUACACCUGGGUGGAUAAGAGUCCAGUGGUGGGAAUCCUCCCCAAAGAAGGGAAGCUUGACGAGGUGUACGCAAUGCUGGCGGACGCCAACCCCAACAUGGUGGCGUACAGGAAGGACGACAUUCCCGAACACUUCCAUUAUCAGCACAACGUCCGGAUCAUGCCCAUCCUCCUGGAGGCCAAGGAGGGCUGGACCAUCAUGCAGAACAGGACCGGGCUCUUCAUGCUGGGAAACCAUGGCUACAACAACACCUUGCGCGACAUGCAGCCGGUGUUUGUGGCCCGUGGUCCGGCCUUUCGCCAGAACUAUAUCAAGGCCUCCAUGCGAUCUGUUGACCUUUACCCUCUCAUGUGCCACAUCCUGGCCAUCCGGCCUCUGCCAAACAACGGCUCGCUCCUAAACGUCAGGGACCUGCUGUCUUCGGAGCCGACUACGUCAGUGCCCGCUUCGGCCCACUCCACCCCUUCUCCUAAGGCCAGCAGGUACUCGUACGCCCCGGUUGUGGGUUCAUUCAUCGGCGUGGUGAUGGUCCUCGGAUUCCUAGUGGUCUACGUCAUAUUGGUGACGCUAAAACAGCGGCCUGUGCUCAAACACAGAAGUUGGGAGAUGUCGCAGCCCUUAUUGCAAGAGGACUUGCACCUGUAGCUGAGGAAGUUUGAAAGGAUUGGAGAUGGAAAAGAAGAGGGGCGGUCGCUCCCCGAGGUUCCCUGCUCGGUCCAGAAGCAUUCUCUAAAUCAGUGUUUCCCAACCCUGGUCCUCAAGACACACUGCCCUGCAUGUUUUAGGUAUUUCCUUGCUUCAGUCCAGCUGAUUUCAAUUGAUGACUGAUUAACAGGUGUUUUUUUGAACUGCAAUCAGUUUAAUCAGGUACAUUAAAGCAGGGAAAUCUCUAAAACAUGUAGGAGAGUGUGCCUUGAGGACCAGGGUUGGGAAACACUGCUCUAAAUGUCAACAGAUGUGGUUGUGCAAGCGAAACAUUUAUAGGGUUUGCUUCUGGUGCAGGUUUAAUCGAAAAAAUAAAAAAAUAAUAAUGUAACCAUGCUUUGAUGUGAAUUUAACUUGAGAUCAUGUAACAACUUCAAUGUCACUUUCUGCAUAGAGAUUUAGGACUAAGAGUGGAUUUUUUAUCUGUGGUUCUGAGAAGUUGGAACUUUUGGUGGCAAAAACUAUGACUUGGGAUAAUGCAGAGGCAUCAGUAUGCUCAGAUUGAUAAUCUACCAAAGGCGUUUUAUAGUUGAUAGUCAAAGUCAAUUUAUGUUUGCUUGGACAUCUAUCCUUGUAGAAAAAAAAAUAUUUUUCUGUGACAAGAAUAAGGAUUUAGGUUAUUCAAAAACAAACAUUUGACUAAAUCAAAGAAAAAUUAGCAAAAGUAAAAAUACCUGCUUUUGCAUUUUCGAGGUCUUUGCUCACACUUAUUGGCAUACUUGGUAAAAACGUGUGAAAUUUCUUUUAAAGUAAUUUUGUAUUACAGUAGCAUUUAUUCUCUCAGAAUACCUUAAAAAAAAUCUGAAAUUUAUAAAACAUUUUUUUUAGUUGGACAAAAUUUCAAUGACAAAAAAACAGACAAAAACAUUCCCUUCAAUGAUGUUAGAUGAGUGCUGAUCUUUGUAUUAAAUGUUAAAUGACAUUAAAUGUCCCAAAUUUGCUCAUGUCUACAGUCAGAGCACACAAGUCUGCAUGGAAAAUCUUUAAUUUUCUGUCCUACCAGAAGAUUUAUAAACUCUACUGGGACCUCUACUGGAGCUGUGUGCUUUGUUUGGAUUUGAUUUGAUUUGUACUGAACUUUUAAUAUUAAAAUCUUUACUCUUGACUGGUCAUUAGGUCAAAUUACAUUCAAAUUUUAAGUUGUACUUUAGUGAGAUUGUGCUAUCUUAAUGCUUUUACACACAUUUACCAGGAGUGCCAUUGAAGGUGAAAAGUCCUGUAAAGGCCAGUAGUAUAUAUAAGGAGAAUAAAUGUUAUCCAACAUGAACAUGAUCUAUGAUCCACAUUAUACCUAUAUGCAUAAGUAGAUACAUUGGCAAAUCUGGAAAGCCUUUGGCUGUUAGGAUCUAAACAAAUUACGCUAUUUUUAAAAAAAAAAAAUGGACUUCUUUCUUAGCUCCUAUUCUAGAUUAAAUUGUUUGGGAUCUGCAUGAGAGUCCACUGUUUGGAACCACCUUUUAUGAUCCUAUGUCCAACAUGGAGCAAAGACCUAGUCGUGACAAGAGAUGCUGAAAGCAACAGGUGUGGAAAUCAGAUAACUGGGUAUGCCUUCAGACAAUCUGCCUUUUAAGCGUUCAUAGUUUUUACACUGAAAAAGUCCACCAAUGAAGUGUGUGGAGAAUUUCUGCUGUCUCUCGUCUACUUUCCUACUAGCAGAAAGAGGUGGAAACGUGUCGGAGAUUAAAAAUAGCUGUUCAACAUGCUAAUUUUGAGCUAUUCUUAGGCGGCAGACAGUUUUGAUUUGACAUUUUCAAAUCUAUGCAAAUCAGAUUUGUAUGUCACGAACUAAAGGAGGACCAAAGUCUACUUAGAAUUUUCCACCACUUGUUCUGCUUGUGGUUUGAGCACCGGAGAAGAUGUUACUUUAUACUGGAAAUGCUGUGAUUCUGCUAAAGUAUUUUAAAAAAACCAAACUGCUGUAGCUUCAGGAGACUGGUCAUGGUCACUGUUCAUUUUGAAUGUUACCUGGAAAAUUCACUCAGUGCGUCAAGCUACUUCAUGUGUAGGGCAUUCUCGUCACACUACCUUGCUCUUUCAUAGUCAGCUACCAUUUGCCUUUAAACUAAACAGAGUACACCUCUCUCAAGGGUUCAUUUUGUCUUCUGGUCUGUUAUGCCCUCUUCACACCAGAUUAAGGCGGCCCUAGUCUCCUGGAUUCCUAUCGCAGUUGGAAGUUUACAACAAAUUUACCUUUGGAAAACCUAAUUUUAGAGUGACAUGUCUCUACUAUGCUCUUAUAUGAUGGAGUACAUCCGCUUUCACUACUGCGUUUUUGACCAUCCUAUCAAAAAUGCUAUCACUAAUGACAGAAGGUAUCUCUACUUUUACAAAGUUUUGCAUUUAAACUGCAGCCCGAAUAAUUUUGCAACCUUCUUGCAAAUUGCCCAUAUGCUCAAUUUGGAGGUGUGCGCACCUUAUCUGACAGUAUCGGAUCCACUCAUGAAGGCCUUCGCAGCAGAAGGUCUUACAUGGCCCACACAGUCCGGUGUGAAGGGGGCUUUAAUUGUUGACUGUCUCGGGAGGGCAUUCUUUUUCUUUCAUAGAUGACUGUGCAUUUCGCUACUUGUCGUAAUUUAGUGUUGUAACCAUGGCCAUAUUGUCGGUGAAAUGUGAAGUGCAAUUGCAAGCUGUCUGUACUGUGUCUUAGGAAUUCUAGGGUUUAUUGUCAAUUUGGUUGAGAAGAAUUUUUCGGAAUGACUCGCAAGACAUGAUCCCCUGAUUUGCACUACAGGUUUGAAACAAGUUGUUGGAUGCUUCUUAGGACAUGUAGCCUCUAAUUUGCACUUCUAGUUCAUAGUAGCCAUUUCAAAUAACAAAAAUAAAAACUAAAAUUUUUUUAUUUUAGAUCUCUUGCUUGAGAUCUUUUUAAUUUGCAUAGUUACAGAAAAGAUUAGAAGACUUGAAUCCAAAUCAGUUAUAGAUAUAUAUAAACAAAAAGAUUGGUUUAAUUUUCUCCGUUUGCUUUUUGAAUGUCUUAACCGUGCCCAAAAACAACAGACAUCACUGUGAUAUAAAUAUAGAUAUACUUUUUACAAAAUUUAAAUUCAUAAAUGAAAAGCAUUUAUAUGGAAACUACCUACUUUCUCAUCCUUUCAAUGUUUUAAUAAACAAACGUAUUGUCUAAUAACUUUCCCAGACCCACUGAUAUGGAAGUGAAGUAUUAUAUUUCAAAAUUAUUCAAGAUCAGCAGUAUUAUAUUUCAAAAUUAUUAAUUUGUACUUGCUGGGGGAAAAAAAGAGUUUAUUAUUAUCGCCUUGGAUUUGGAUACAGUGAAUAUUUAAUAUGAGUGACAGAUUCUAUCUUUGCCAUGUUGAUGCAGUUAAGAGUCUUCUGAAAAUAAAAUGGCUCAUAAAAACUUGAA